AUAGGGGGCACAUAGAGUCUAUCAGGCGAUGUAUGUUAUGUAACGCGGAGCUUAUUAUCUAUAGUUAUGAAUGAUACUAGAUACUAAAGAAGUUUCAUCCCCAUACUUCUUCAGUUUGAAAUUGCGACAUCUCAACCGUCAUUCAGUGACAUUUCGCAAGUGAUAAAUUAAUAUGAUAUAAUUGAUGAAGUUAUAUUUAAAUGGUAUUUUAUAUUGUGAAGCGUAACAGGAGUGUAUAACUACGAUGAAACACUAACGUUUAAACGAGUGGGUUUUGUGUAACAGGGUCUUUGUUGGUUCGAUUCCUCUAACGAAAUCCUAUCUACCUUUUUCUACAGGACACAGGUUGCCCUACACACUAUAACACCGUUAUUGAAAGUGAAACAGAGAGUUGUGUAAGGUGUCGUGGAAGAGUAGCUUCUGAUACGACAGUGUAUUGUUUAAAUGUGACAAGAAUUGAUACAGGUUAAAUAAAGGGCUAAAUCUAAGAUAUACGUAUAUAGCUAUAUAGACCGAAUGUGGUGUUAAAGAUGGCGGCGCCCAUACCCGAUUUGACUGUACUACAGGAUGUGGCGGGACCAAGCAUCCUCGACGCACUCAAAACUAAUCAUGAACGUGAAGUCAUUUACGUAUAUAUUGGUGAUAUAUUGUACAGCAUUAACCCUUGCAAACCCAUGCCUAUAUACGGUCCAGAGAUAGGAUAUGGUUACUGUGGAUUAAAAGAAUUAGAAGAUAGAUUACCACAUAUCUAUGGUACAACGCAUCGAGUGUAUAAACAUCUAACUUGUCAUAACUUACCACAAUGUGUUUUAUUACGCGGAUACUCAGGUUCAGGUAAAACUGAAAGCUGUAAAAUGGUGAUAUCUCAGUUAGUUAGAGAAUCAGAAAAUAUCGCUAGUACUCCUACUGGUACCAUUGGUACCAAACUUACAGAGGCGAUGCAUCUGCUGGAUGCGUUUGGUAACGCUUCAACUCAACUCAAUGAAAAUGCCAGUAGAUUUACUAAAGCUGUUGAUAUUUUAUUUGAUGAACGAGGAAUACUUGUUGGAGCAAAUAUAGAAGUUCAUCAUUUAGAGAAAUGUCGUGUUUUAUGUCCGUGGGAAGAAGAAUGUAAUUUUAACAUAUUUUAUCAUUUACUAGCAGGAUUAUCAACAUCAGAAUUACGUAGUUUCCAUUUACAGGGAGAAUAUAGAUUAAUCUCACCUAUACCUAAUAAACCUGUAUUUCAACAAGAAGCUGAGUUUGAGUUUCACAAAGAAAGGUUUAACUAUGUGAAAGAAACGAUUGAAACGUUAGGUCUAAAUUUCCAGUUGACCCGAUACAGAAUUGACGAUCUGAAGCUUAUAUUCGGUUUAUUGGCGGCCAUGCUUCACCUGGGUAACAUACAAUUCUAUACAGAUCCGACAGGUGGCAGUGCUGUAGCUAAUUAUCAAGAAUUAGACAUGGCUUCCAGACUUCUGCUUGUAAAUCCCCAAGAGUUAUCUUCCUUAUUUUCAUCUGUAACCACGUAUGUUCAUGGUCGUCCUGUAAACAAAGGAACUACACGUGAAGAAGCAGCUGGAAUUAGAGAUGUUUUAUUACAAUCUGUUUAUAACAGACUCUUUGAUUGGUUGAUUUACCACAUUAAUAUUUCCUUAUAUCCAUCCGAGUUACAUAUAGCAGAUCUCCAGUGUAUAACCGUUGUGGAUCCACCCGGGUUUGAGGCUAGAAGUCAGAACAGUCUAGAACAACUUCAUAUCAAUUUACUGUCUGAACAGUUACAUCAGUACAUUAAUGAUGCAAUCUUCUCCAAAGAAUAUGAAGACUGCAAGUUCGAAGGUGUUGGUCACCCAACGGUUGUUUACUGGAAUGAUAAUAAAGAGUUGCUGGAAUUAUUAGAUUUGAGAGGUGUUGUUGGUAUGAUAGAGACUAUUAGCGCACAACCAACAGGUAACGACAUUGUCCUCCUAGAACGACUGAAUAAAACCAUGAAAAAGAGGAAACGAUACACAGGAAACAAAAUAGGAACUUAUUUUACUAUACAUCAUACACCAGCUACCGUAAAUUAUAGUGUUAAUGAUAUCAUCAGAAAGAAUCGAGAUAACGUACCAAUAGUUAUCAAUGACGUCAUGUCUAGAAGUACUAACCCUCUUGUUUCACAAUUGUUCUCGGAUACAUCGAAUGAUAACCAGAUGACUCUCUCCCAAAAGUAUCAGCUGUCCAGUAGUAAGCUGAUAGAAAAAAUGAGUGGAAAACAGUUACAUUUAAUAAGUUGCAUCAAACCUAAUCCUGGAACAGAGCCCGGUUAUUUUGAUCCUGCUUAUGUAAUGAAACAACUGGAGGUGACGUCAGCUAUAGAACUAGUUAAGAUCAGAAGAAAUGGUUACUCAGUUAGAUCGUCGCAAGAUGACUUUCUCUAUCGAUAUAAGUUUAUAGGACUGCCAUUGACAGCCAGUAUUAGAUCAUUACCAGAAGCUUGUUGUCGUAUUAUACAACGAUGCGGUUUAACAUCACCUCAUAUUUUAGUAACCAAGUCUAUGGUAUUUAUGCAGUAUUACCAUGUAGACAGAUUAAAUGAACGUUUAGCUGAAGAAGUUAGAAAAGUUAUUAUAGUACAGAGUUGUAUCAGGCGAUAUUUCGUUCUUAAAUUUAUACGUCGUCUUUUACGUAGAUCUGGUCGCAGAGACUUUACAAGACAGGAGAGACAUAGUAGACGAGAUGACCGGGGAUAUUAUGGUGGAAGAUCUAGAGAUCAAAUAAGCCGUCGAGAUAAUGGUUAUACUAGAGAGGGGUAUUUUAAUGGAGAAGAAUAUAAUUCUGUGAUACCAUCAACUUUAACAGGACUCACAAGAUUUUACCAGGAUCAACUAGAUCGUGUAUUAGAGAAAAGAAACAGCCUGGACCCCAUCACGUGGUGUAAACUGGUAUAUUUAGAGAGAGAUAAAGAAUUGGCCAAAUUUUACAUCACAGAACAUGAUAUACGAAUAGACGGCAGCCAUGAGGAGUAUGAUGUUCAAAAUAUAGGCCUUGGUAUUUUCCGUAAUCCGAUUCGUGAUGACGAGACCCGAGCAAUUAGAUCGUACAUAAGAGAGGGAUUGACUUUAAAACGAGAUCCGGACGGAAAUAUAUGGGCAACACGUCAUUGCGACGAAGAUAUAAUUGUCCAUGGUUACAGAGAUCCAGCCAAUCACUGUCUAUCUGCUGAUAUCAUCAUAAACCGUGGCAGGAUUCCCUUCAGAAAUCCGAUAAAGAUAUUUGACGUAAAUGAACUAAAAGGCCAUAUAGGUCUAGAGAUGCAGUCAUCCAUGUUUAAUAAAGAUCGACUUCUACAUCUGUGUAUCGUCUGUUUGAGUUUUGUUACCGAGGGAAGGGAAAUGUUAGAGACGCCAUGUUGGUUGUGUGUAAUAAACCUAAUUGCUAUAGAUAUGGUGGAAAGUCCGGGUGUUCUUAAAGAAGUACAAAACCACCUAACACAGUUAAAGUUAGAAUCUAGAGACUAUCGAGAAAUACGACAGGAAGAAAAUAUAUUACACAAUGAAAUAAAACAAAGGCAUCAGCGGCCAUCAUGGUCUAAAUCAAAUCAAAGGAAAUCCCUAGAGUUCCGUGAAUCCUCACCUUCUAAACUACGUAUGGAACUGAGAAAAAAGGGACAACCUAUCAAACAACACAUGAACUAUAGUUGGAAUGAACAAUACCAAAAUAAAAAUAAAAAGUCGUUGGAAGAGUUACAGAAUCAAUUCUCAGACGAGACACCAGCAGUCGAUUACUAUGAUCAGUCUUACGCCAGGGAGCAGCCAUAUAACCAACGUAGCAUCCAGUUAAACGGGCGAGAGGGAUACGGUCAAUCACAGCGUAAAGAUUGGGCUAAGAUCAAGGUUCAUUUGAAAAAAGAUGACGCACGUUUAGAACAUGAAUAUCAGUAUGAUAGAAGGCCGUCUCAUAUCAUGUAUUAAUAACAGACAUUAUUGGGUAAUUUCCCUCUUUGAUAUUGUAAUAUAAACGGGUGACGUCAUAAUAUCAAAGGUACCACAUUGGGGCCAUAAACCUUUAGCUAUAAUUAAGGUAACUGAAACGUGUGACAUAAGUGACAGUAACAGCUCGAGUUGGAUUGGAUGUGCAGUAUUGGUGUACUGGUUGUUUUAUGUACUACUAAGCAGCAAGAGUUACAGUCUGAUAGACGUCAUGUACCUUUAAUUUAUGGAAAAGAAGCAACCCUGCAACCAAAAUAACGACAUCAAGUAAAUAAAACCGGAGCCUUGUUAGCCUUAAGUUACCUAUAUAGAUUUAGCGAUCAUAAAUUAUACGAAAGGACGUCCAACAUGAUGUGAUUGAAUAGCAACUACGUUGACUUUAAUUGCGGUAUACCCAUUUGAUUUGGCUGAAAAAAAAUCCAAAAUUAGCCCACUUAGAUGAAGAACAAGAAAUCGCGUCAAAUCGAAACUUAUUUUUUUACCGCCCGGCAGAGAUCUCAUAAGUUCUCUUUAAUAUUAUAGUUCGUACUAACUAUCUGUAUGAAUUCUGCUGUGUUUAAAGUUGCUCAUAGUCAAGGUAUUAUGCAUUUUUCAUACAAUAUUUUUUUUUACACUCUGAUAUGUAUUUGACAUUUAAUCAAGAAAUCAAACAAUCAACGGUAGAAAAUCUCCAGGCUUGGAUUUAACGGGAUUAAAAUUGGGCCCAUUAGACAGGUGGCACUGUAUGUUGACAAAUUGUCAAUCCACCAUCUUAUUAUGUUAGUACAUACAGAAGGGAAUUAAACCAUGUAUACAUUGAUGUUCAUAUUAGAAAUUAAACUUUCACAAUAAUGUAGUUUGUAAUGGAUUGACAAUCGCCUAAAUGACGACCAGAUACUAUAAUAUUUUGUUUUUAAAAUUUCUUACUAAAUGUUAUUAUGUAAUUAUUUAAUAAAGAGUACACAACUACAUGUACACAAAAUGGUUGCGCCAAUCACCACCGAAUCACGUAAAUUUGUAUUUUGCUUCCGACUAUAUUGGCGCAACCAUUUUGUGUACAGUUUUAAUCAAGUGCAAUUUAAUUCAGAUCACUUAAGAUACAAUUUCAAUUAUACUAAAGUAUGUAUGAUUUGCAAAUCAAAUGUUAUAAUCUGCAAUAACUGAUUUGAAAAAUGUAUGAAAACGUAUGACUCUUCAUCGCUCACAAAUAUGGCACCCAUAAAAUGGCAGAAUGUGAGGGUGGCGAUUUAAUAUUCAAGUAUUAGAAUGUAAAAAAUAAACUUUAUUUUAAAAAAUAUAAGUAUCCUUGAUUGGAAAAUAGAAUAAUUAAUAAAUAAUGAUUAUAUUAUA